UUGCUAGUCUGAACUCUGAAUCAUAUUCAGAUCUCUGUAGGUCGCUCCCUCUGGUCUUCCGUUUUCGACUACUUUCUGCUCUGCUCCUCACGAGUCUCGAUCCAUUCCUCGCGCCUCACCUCAGUCCGGCUCUAGUCACGGAGGUUUUUUAGACAAUACACAAAUGGAGUCAUCCCAGAGUACUGUAACUACAGGAGGGAAUGGUGGAAGUGGUGGCAAUGGGAUGCUGGUCCCUCAAACAAAAGAUACAUCGUCUCCUGCAUCAGCAGCUGAUGAUUCCAUGCAGAAGCUAAACCAGAUUAUCAACUCCAUUCAAAAAACCUUGGGCCUCAUUCAUCAGCUUAACCUUACUGUCUCUACCUACAAUCCUGCCUUUCAAAUGCCUCUCCUCCAACGCAUAAAUGGUCUUGUUUUGGAGCUUGACAAUAUGGUCAAAAUGGCUGGGAAGUGCAACAUUCAGGUUCCUAUGGAGGUUGUCAAUUUAAUUGAUGAUGGCAAGAAUCCAGAUGAAUUUACAAAGGAUGUGAUAAUGAAUUGCAUUGCGAAAAAUCAAAUCACCAAAGGAAAAUCUGAUGCUUUGAAGAGUUUACGCAAGCAUCUUCUGGAAGAAUUGGAGCAAAACUUCCCCAACGAGGUCGAAGCUUAUAGAGAGAGUCGUGCAACUACUGCUGCUGAGACGAAACGUCUUGCACAGGCACAAAGUGCAUUACCUAACGGAGAUGUGAGAGUUAAAACAGAGCAUUAAGUGUUCUCAACAGUGUCAGAGCAUUAGAAGGUAAUCCUCGGGUCGUGUGUAAAUGGUCCAGCCUUAGCCUAUUCAGUUGUCCUUUUAGUGAAGUUCUACACGAUUUCCUUAGUGCUGCAUCACAAGUUCUAUUUUAUUGUCAAUUUGAUGUCCCAAUCCCAAAUAAUCUCCCAUGGCUUUCAUAUGUCGACUAUCUAUUAUUGGGAUCUUGUCUUUUUUUUUAACCUAGAUGGGGGCUUUGGUUGGAAUGGUAACUAGGAAGUAAUGUUUCCAAAGUCUAGAAAUUUAUUAUUUGAUAUGCUAAAUAAAAUAGAAUUAAAAAUUUUUUUAACGGAUAAAAA